UCUUCCGGUCAGUGGUCGAAUGUUUACAAGCGACCGCAUUUGCCGAAAGGAGCGUUUAUUCCAGGUUGCUUGGUGUGUUUCCAGAGUUAGUUUGUGUCGGGGAAGUACGCAGUUGUGUUGUUGUUUCGACGCGUAUUCAGCUCAGGAAGUCAUUUGCUCUGAGCUGUCUUUCCCCAUCAUGUACACUUUACUGUCUGGUUUAUACAAGUACAUGUUCCAGAAGGACGAGUAUUGCAUUCUGAUCCUGGGCUUGGAUAACGCUGGGAAGACUCGAACAGCACAGACAGGCUCUAACCAGAGUAGAAAGAGAAGUGGGAGGCCCCGCUGAACAACUGAGCCAGAAGAUAAGUACAUGAGAGUCUCCAGUUUGAGAAAUAGACGCCUCACAGGUCCUCAACUGGCAGCUUCAUUAAAUGGUACCUGCCAAACGCCAGUGUCAACAUCCACAGUGAAGAGGUGACUCCGGGAUGCUGGCCUUCAGGGCAGAGUGGCAAAGAAAAAGCCAACAAAAGAAAAAGAUUAAUAUGGGCAAAAGAACUCAUUCAUUGGACAGAGGAGAAUUGGAAAAAAGAGUUACGGACGGACAAAUCGAAGUUUGAGGUGUUUGGAUGUGUGCUGGUACUCAGCAACAGUGAGUGGGCCAUUAAAGACAACCACUGAUGCUUCACCGCAAUAUAAAAGAAUAAAUGAAUGUUUGUCAUUUCGCAGCUAUAAGAAAUUAAAGCGAAAUGGCAGCAUCACUCAAAAGCCUCCGUUUAGAUUGAAUGACCAACAAGGACGAUAGAGAACUACAAACAGGGCAAUGUGCAGUGUCUGUGAGUCCCAUCUGGUCUCAACUGAUCACAAAUGUCAAUAACAGCAGCAUAUAUAGCACCUAAAAUGAGCCUGUUUGUUAAUAAAAUCAAAAACAUGUCCUAUUGCCAGUUCAGUCAGUCAGUUCAGGCGUUCAAUACGUGGGAUAUACACCUACAAGGUCCCCCUACUGGUGGUCUGGUACUGUCAACACUGGCCUGGGCUCAUUUGCUGCUCAGGGAAUCAAGCUUUAGUUCUUAAAAAGGAUUAUUUAUUGGCACAGAUUUGAAACAUAAAUACAUGCAGUUUACAAACUUCACAAUGUUACCCAAACUGACUUUGUUGACCACUGUUUGGUGUUUUCUUUGUAGACAUUUCUGGAGCAAACCAAAACGAAGUUCAGUAAAACCUACAAGGGGAUGAAUUUGUCAAAGAUAACAACUACAGUUGGUCUGAACAUUGGAACCAUUGAUGUAGGCAAGGCCCGUCUCAUGUUCUGGGAUCUUGGCGGACAGGAGGAGCUGCAGUCUCUUUGGGACAAAUACUAUGCCGAGUCCCAUGGAGUCAUCUAUGUGAUCGACUCCACUGAUGAGGAGCGUCUUUCUGAGUCAAAAGAAGCUUUUGAAAAAAUGAUCAGUAGCGAAGUACUGGAAAGUGUUCCUCUUCUGGUGCUGGUCAACAAGCAGGAUGUUCCGAACUGUCUAUCAGUACCAGACAUCAAAACAGCUUUCAGUGACUCUGCGCCCAAAAUUGGGAAGAGGGACUGUUUGGUGCAGUCGUGUACUGCCCUAACUGGAGAAGGAGUGAACGAAGGCAUCGAAUGGAUGGUCAAGUGUGUGGUCAGAAACAUUCACAGGCCUCCGAGGCAGAAGGACAUCACCUAAGGAAGGAUUCCUAGACUGUGGAUUGUUCAAGGUGUGGAAAGUGGGAACCUGGCUUGGAGUACUCCAGGCGUUUCCGGUGGUUAUGAACUUGACAAGAGUUCUGGACUACACUACAAUAUACUGUGCUAUAGUACAAUACUACUAUACUAUAAUAUAGUAUAGAAUACUAUAAUAUAGUAUAGUAGUAUUGUAAUGAAGUACUGUCACGUCAGUGACCCAGUCUACAUUGCAGUCACUCAAAUAAUUUGUCUUUCAUUUGCUGUCAUUUGAACUUUAAAAUAAAUCUUUA